AUGCGUUUUUCUGUCCUUUUCGCAAGCCUGCUCAAUGUGAGCUCUACAGAGCUUGCGGAGCGGCUCUUUCUCGGUCUCAGCCUGAAUGAGGUGCUUCUCAACGAGACAAAUGGGUUCCCGAUCGUGGAACCAUGGGCCAGCGAGUACGUUAACGCUAUCCGUGACGGAAGAUUCGGAGAUACCAUGUUGGCACGCUACCAUAUCUCUGGAGAUGUGCAUAGUGGCACCGGUAUGAUUGACGGCACCAAUUUGACCGUCUUCGAGAGCAUCAAAGAAGAUGCACUUGGUUACAGAAGUGGUGACGAAGAUCUAUACGCCGAAGCUUUUGAGCUCUACGAUGGCACAAACAGCACAGAUAGGCACAUGAACAUCGUCCACAUGCUCAAAGAAAUUGGCAAUCAAGAUCUCGCAAGUUCAAACGGAACUCGGCAAACGCACCACAUGGUCGAUCAAGUGCAGCACCAACUAUCUGGCCUAUAA